AUGAACAAGUUCGUUCUUUCCGCCCUUGUGGCAUUCUGCGCGGCUGUAUCUUUGCAAGUUGUUGUAUCGUAUGAACCCCUAGAAAAAGCUGCCUAUGAAACCCAACAAUCCGACGAUUAUGGCGCAGUGAAGGAUGCAGUCGACGCCAAUGCAGAUGAAGGAUUUGAAGAUGAUCUGAGCGAUUACAAUCAUUUCGACGAAGAUGAAGUUGACAAUGAUGAAGAUGAAGAGAGUGAAGAGGAUGCAAACGGGUGAGUGUUUUUUCUGCCAUCACAAACGCGGACAUUUUUUAUUUGUAUCACUGCGUUAGCUUUCAUUUAAAGGUAUCAGACACCAACCCCAACCCACCAACAAGGAAUACUCUGGCUAAAGGGAAAAAGAUCAUUUGGGUUAAAAAUUAAUUAAACGAUUCUUCGUUUAAGUAAAUGUACAUAACUAAGAUAGCUGUAAAAUGUUUGAGAAAAGCUAAUCAAAAAUUCAGUUUCAUUUGCAUUCGAGUUUGGAUCAAAAACUUAAGCCACCAUGCAAUCUGUGUUAUCGGAAUGAAGGCAUUUCUAAGUGUGGACGAUGAUCGUUAGUUACUUUUUUUUCCCGAAAAGAGAUAAUAUUUCUAAUUUAGCUUAUUUUGGGAAAUAACUCAGCUGGUUACUCCAUAUAUUGCCCAAAAACUGAAAGAAAUGUAAUUAUAAUUGCCUUCUCAUGUCUUCUUUCAGAAGCAAUGAUGUCCAAGAAGAUCCAAAACCAUUUUUUCGCAGAAUAAGAGUUCCGAAACCAAGAUUCCGGAUCCCGAAGCCAAGAAUCCCGCUUCCAAGAAUUCCAAAACCAAGGAUCCGGAUCCCGAGAAUCCCAAAACCAAGAUUCCGGAUUCCAAGAUUGCCAAAGCCCCGCCUCCCGUUUGGAAAGAAGUAAAGGGACUUACCCACUGAAUUAGUCUGUUAGAAAUCGAGGCUACGAGAAUCUUUGCCAUUGGUCUUUGAUUCACACUCUAAAUGUGUAAGAAAAAAAUUGUAAUAGGUUAAAUUUUGUGAACUAAUCAACUGACUCAUCUGGUAAUAAAACACAUUCAGUAGCAUGUUAUUCAAUACGCGUCUUUUUAAGUGCGGAGUUUGUAGUGCCACAACUGCAUCACGGCAGAAACGUCGUUCACAUACUGAACUCAGAAUUGUACAAUUCCUAAUAUUAGACCUCAUGCGACACGAGGAUAAGCUAUGCGCUUGAGCGAGUGCAUUCACAACACUAUCUAUCACAAUAAUCGCUCUGACGAAGGGCUAACGCUCGAAACGUCAGCUUUUUUACCCUUUACGGUGGCUAAUUUACAUUUUCAACUCAUGAUCAGUUGUUAACACUAAAUUACCUGCUAUUCACAACACUAGCCUGGUGGAGAGGUUUUGAGGAGAGGUUUAGCAUCACGUUUACAUGAAAGAUAGAGUGAAAAUCUUAAGUAUAGAACAAAUUCGAAAUAGCUUGGUACUUUCAAAUAGAAAUGGCAAAGCCCAAUCAGUACACAGGAAAAAUGGCAAAAAAUUGGGAAAAUCGUGGUCACGUGGUCAAUCUUGUCGUUUAUGUUUCGUAUAAACGCAGUGCUAAGUCUCUAUAAUGAGCGCGAGUGAGUGGGCCUCGUAGCGGUUCUGGCAUGAGAAUCGGACGUACACAUUGCUUGCACUAAAUAGGACGAAUGUUGCAAUGCACGCACGUGCAAGCUGAUCCGGAAAAAAAGGAGAGCUAUGCGACGACCUAAUCUUAACUAGGUUUUCAAGCAAGUUGAGGGAGAAAAAAGUUAGCUUAGGAAUCUCAUGUGAAAAUUGUCGAACUGGAUUCUUGACAAUUCAAGGAUUGAAAAAAUUAGUCUUCAGUAAUGUACAAGGCAGGAAAACUGAGGGAAUACAAUCAGCACAAGUCCAAUACAUGAAAUGAACAACGUCAGCAAACACUUCCGACUGGUUUUAAAAUCCAAUUUGCGUGUGGGGGUGUUUUCCUCCCAUAAAUGGCCUCAUCUGAUGAUCAUUUUUUCAUCAUUAAUACAAACUUGUAAAAUUGAAGGUUACUAGGAAAAGAUUACCGCAAACGUAUGCGAACAGAGUCUUUGUGCCUUGCAAUAAACCUCUGAAGUAGCACAGAUUCGGCUAGGCUCUCCCUUUUCAGAAGUAAUACUGCAGGAGACAAAUAUUACUAAUAAAUAGUGAAUCUUGCAUUCGGAGGACACCCCCGCAACGAGAAAAAGGCAAAGUCUGUAUCUCGCCAAGCCUUGACAAGGGUCAGCAAAUGCCAGCGGAAAAUAGCUCUCUGCUCGAACACGAACUUUAAGGAAAACUCAAAAUUUAUCCUUAUUCUGGAUCACCUCUAGUUGUCACAAAGAAACACGGCUGAAAAUACCUUCGCCAAACACCCCAGCAAGUUCCUCGGGUUUGUUUUGGCAACCUGAUGAUGACGUUGGCCAAACAAAUAUUUGCUUUAGUUUCCCCUUAAAUAUUAAUUGGUAAAUAAAAAGGAAAACUUGAAGCCAAUGUAAUAUAAGACAUAAUCAAAACUGCAAGUUUUAUUUCGUAACAUUGCGUUCUUGUCCGAUAUCAUCAGAGUCAUAAUGAAUAAAUGAUUUUCUCCACAAGAAAACUUAAAUAACCCCGUGAAAAAUAAUCUCCAGCACAAUAUUCAAUAAAUAUAUUGUAGUACACUUCCCUCCUUCGCCCUGCUAAGUAUUGAGCCAAAGCGAGAGGUUAUAAUCUCUUGGCUUAGGUCUUUACACACCAACCUGGCUCAGGGCAUAUGGCCUGGGAAUCCGUUGCUCCCUCUGUAAAUGUCAUUUAAGAUACUUUUUUUUUGUACUCCCCAUCUGGUUAGAUCUGAGAUGAAAGCAGCAAAGCCGCAGUGUUGGUUGAAAUCUCGCUAAGCGUGCAUAAUCUCUUUUCAUGUGUUGAAAUGAACCUUGCCAUUGGAUAUUUUGAUGUGCAGUACCUUCUAAGUUGGUUGUGAAUGCCAUUGUGAAUGCCAGAUACGAUUGGAAUUCCUUAUAAAUGUUUUGCACGAUCAGAUCUGAAAAACCUAACAGUAGUCUAAAACAAUUAGCUAGACACCCCCGCUAACUGUGGGCACACACCUGAAUGAAUAAUGAAUAAUAAUAAUAAUAAUAGUAAAAUAAUAAUAAUAGUAAUAAAUACCUAAUAUCGGGGAAUAAACGUCAAAUGUCGUGUCAUGACAUUACAUAUGAGAUGACUAUGCACGUCAAUCGAAGUGUCUAACACCAAUAAGAACAUAGACAAAGUAUUUAUUAAGUACUUGAAACAGUGUCAAAUGAAGCAAUGCACGGCUCAUUUGUCUAAAAACAUAGCACUGAGUUCUAAAUUAAUUAUUGUCAAUUUUUUUAGCGUCAGCUUUAUAUGUAACCUCAUUACAUUAGCACACCAAGAGUCUUCCAACAUCAAGAACAACAGCAACAAAAUAUAUUUUUUCUGGUAUGGCCAAUUUUGGUUUCGAUGUGAAUCUCACUCUUCAAUUACGUCAUAACAGGCUCAAUUGUUCACGACACAGGAAAUACUAAAGAAAAAGCUCACUUAAAAGUGAAAAGUGUAAAAAAAAUUUGCAACAAGAAGAACAAAAAUGAAAAUGUGGCACAUCCGACUAGGCUCUCCCUUUUCAGAAGCAAUACUGCAGGAGACAAAUAUUGCUGUUUUUCCAUUAAAUAGUGAAUCUUGCAUUCGGGAGACACCCUUGCAACAAGAAAAAAGAAAACUCUGUUUCUCGCCAAGCCUUGAUAAGGGUCAGCAAAUGCCUGCGGAAUUACUAUCUCGAGUUCUAAGAAAGAGAAUAUUUUCUACAAGUUUUCUUUGGCAACCUGACGAAAAGACUAGUAUACGCGUAAGUUUUCUCUUUAAUAGAAAAAAGGAAAAACAGCUUUCUGCUCGAACACGAACUCAAAAUUUAUUCUUACUCUGGAUCACCUCUCGUUGUUACAGAGAAUUACGGCUAAAAUACCUUAGCAAAAGAUCUCAAAAUAAUAUUGGAAACCUGUUAAUGAUGUUGGCCAAACAAAUUUUUGCGUUACUUUCCUCUUUAAUUGGUAAAUAAAAAGGAAAAUUGAAUGCCAAACUAAUAUAAGACAUAAUCAAAACUGCGAGUUUUAUUUCGUAACAUUGCUUUCUUGUCCGAUAUCAUCAGCGUCAUAAUGAAUAAUUGAUUUUCUCAAGAAAACUUAAAUAACCCCGUGAGAGAUAAAUCUCCAGCGCAAUAUUCAAUAAAUAUAUUGUAGUACACUUCCCUCCUUCGCCUUGCUAAGUAUUGAGCUAAGGCAAGAGGUUAUAAUCUCUUGGCUUUGGUCUUUACACACCAACCUGGCUCAGGGCAUGUGGCCUGGGAACCGUUGCUCCUUCUGUAAAUUUCUUUGAAGAGGCUUUUUUUUCCGUGCUCCCCAUAUGGUUAGAUCUGAGAUGAAAGCAGCAAAGCCGCAGUGUUUGUUGUAAUCUCGCUAAGCGUGCAAAAUCUCUUUUCAUGUGUUUAAAUAAACCUUGCCAUUAGAUAUUUGAAUAUUAUUAGUUGGUUGUGAAUGAUUGGAAAUUCUUAUGAAUGUUGUGCACGAUCAGGUCCAAAAAACCUAACAGUAGCCUAAAACAAUUAGCUAGACACCUCUGCUAACUAUGGCUACAUACCUUAAUGAAUAAAAAAAAAACUGCAAUAUCGGGGAAUUGAACGUCAAAUGUCGUGCCAUGACAUUAGCUGUGAUAUCGUCAACUAUGCACGUCAAUCGAAGUGUUCCAACAUCAAAAAGAACAUAGACAAAGUAUUUAUUUAGUAUAAAUGCAAAAACGUAGAUGGUGCACCCCUCAUUUGUUUAAAAACGAAGCUCUGAGUAUUACAUUAAUUAUUGUCUACUUUUGUGCGUCGCUUUAUGGGUAACCUCGUUACAUUUACGCACCAAUCAAAGUUUUCCAACAUGAAGAAAAACAGCAACAAAAUAUACUUUUUCCGGUAUAGCCAAUUUUGGUUCCGAUGUGAAUCUCUCCCUUCAGUUACGUAAUAUAGGCUCAAUUGUGCACGACACAGGAAAUACCAAAGAAAAAGCUCUCUUAAAAACAAAAUAGUAAAAAAAUUGCACCGAAAAGAACGAAAAUGAAAACGUGGCACAUCAUUGAAACAGCGAUGAAAAUUUUCGUUUUUGUAACUUAAACAAAAUAUGCAAUUUUUCUCAGGAAAAUACAUUCCUCUGAUUUGUUAGAUUAAAAAAGAAAUACAAAGGAUCUUGAGUAGUACAACAGAAAUCUUAAAAUAACGCAUUGACUAGACGUUUUAUGUAAAUACGGAAAAACGUAAAGUCUUCUUGAAGAGCAAGUAGAACCCAAAAAAGUUUGUGUUGACUGAAAAGGCCGGUAUAAUCAAUUACUGGAACAAUAUUUUAAAGUUAUUUGCACGUUUUUCCUGAUUCCCGCCAAUAUAAAUGUUCCUCUCCAACGAAAAAAAUCAUCAGAGCAACACUGCUUCCACAAAGGAGCUGCUAAGUUGUUUGGUAACCAAGCAAGAACAGACCGGAAUGAACAAGUUCGUUCUUUCCGCCCUUGUGGCAUUCUGCGCGGCUGUAUCUUUGCAAGUUGUUGUAUCGUAUGAACCCCUAGAAAAAGCUGCCUAUGAAACCCAACAAUCCGACGAUUAUGGUGCAGUGAAGGAUGCUGUCGACGCCAAUGCAGAUGAAGGAUUUGAAGAUGAUCUGAGCGAUUACAAUCAUUUCGAAGAUGAAGUUGACAAUGAUGAAGAUGAAGAGAGUGAAGAGGAUGCAAACGGGUGAGUGUUUCUUCUGCCAUCACAAACGCGGACGUUUUUUGUUUGUAUCACUGCGUCAGUUUUUAGUUAAAGGUAUCAGACGCCAAACCCAACCCACCAGCAAAGAAUACUCUGGCUAAAGGGAAAAAGAGAAUUUGGGUUAAAAAUUAAUUAACUGUAAUUAGCUGUAAAAUGUUUGAGAAAAGCUAAUCAAAACAUCAGUUUCAUUUUGCAUUCGAGUUUGGAUCGAAAAUUUAAGCCACCAUGCAAUUUGUGUUAUCGGAAUGAAGGCAUUUCUAAGCUCGGAUGAUGAUCGUUAAUUGCUUUUUUCUUGAAACCGCUGUUUAUCUACUUAUGGUUUUGGAGCCAAAGUUAAUGAAGAUCUGCGAGGAAAGAAAGGGCACUUAAUAAAUUAUCAGUAUUUACAAUGAAAUCUAUGAACUCCACGGGGUUGCAGAUAUCGCCUCUAUAAAUGAAUUGAGGUCAUGGGCGGUUCGGGGUCUGGUAUUUCGGAGGAUUUCUCAUUCAUUUACAUUCCGAUCAGCAGCCUGGCGUAAUGUUUGCUAGUGCAAACAUAAGAACCUGGUACUUGCCGAAAUAUCCUCUUUAAAAUGAGCUGAUAAUUCACGAAAACGGGAAAGAGCACGGAGUAAUAUGGAAAUGACCUCCUUCCGGAUCCAGGUCUUAAAAAUGACCUGCCCCAUCUUCUUCCCAACCAAAUGCCGCAUCAGAAUUUUUCCAAAAAGAAACAAUAUUUCUGAUUUAGCUUAUUUUGGGAAAUAACUCAGCUGGUUACUCCAUAUAUUGCCUGAAGGAAACUGAAAGAAAUGUUAUUAUAAUUGCCUUCUCAUGUCUUCUUUCAGAAGCAAUGAUGUCCAAGAAGAUCCAAAACCAUUUUUUCGCAGAAUAAGAGUCCCGAAACCAAGAUUCCGGAUCCCGAAGCCAAGAAUCCCGCUUCCAAGAAUUCCAAAACCAAGAAUCCGGAUCCCGAGAAUCCCAAAACCAAGAUUCCGGAUUCCAAGAUUUCCAAAGCCCCGCCUCCCGUUUGGGAAGAAGUAA